UAUCGCCUGGCAUAGUGUGUACCACACAUACCGUCGGUGCGACGAGUGUGUUUGGUUGUGUAAAUGCGUGUGUUAGGUGAAUCCGGAAUCGUCUGCUCCGUUGCUCUCGAGAGGAGAAGACGGUCGGCUGGAGAGGAAGCGAGAAGUUAGUUAGCCCGACGUCGAGCCAGUGAUUGGCCAGAGAUGUGCCGUCGAUGUUUUCCCAAAACGCUGAGGGUGUCGCGUCAAUUAUCGCGUUGACGUUCCGCUGCAUCGGUUCGGUCGUGCGGUGGCCGUGCAGUUUGACGACGUAAAAAGUGAUCGUUACCCAGCGAAAGAGAGAGAGAGAGAGAGAGAGAGAGAGAGCGAGGCAGCGGCCGGGAGAAGGGUGAGGAAGACGGAGCGAAAAGGAGAGAGGAGGGAGAGCAGUGCCGCCAGGCUUUUCUCCGUGUUUCGUCUGGAGUAUCAGCAUCGGGCUUCCGUGUUUCCCGCGACGGGUAGCAGACGACGUGAUUGAAACGAUGCUGACAGGAGCUGCCGCGGAGUAACAACAGGGCCGAAGGAGGGGGGGCAAAGAAGCGAAAGAAGCGGAAGAAAAGGCCGAGGGUGGAAAAGAAAAGCGGGCCGCUUUUGCAUGUUUUGAUUUUUUUCGAGUCGGGGAAACGGCUCGUCCGUUCACUGACAGCUACCGUCGCACUCACGAUGGCAGGCACAAAGUCCGUCGCUAACGUCGUUCAGAUAAAACCGGUCGAGGUAUCGCAGCAGCUCCAAGACGGCGAGAAAUUCGUCAAAUGGGACGAGGACUCGGGAGUUGGGACACCAGUCACGUUGCGGGUCGAUAAAUUCGGUUUUUAUCUUCAUUGGGUAGAUCAGAACAAUGAAAUGGAUAUGCUGGAUAUUUCCACAAUACGAGAUACACGCACUGGAAAAUACGCCAAAAUCCCAAAAGAUCCGAAAUUGAAAUCCCUGGUAACAAUGGGCUCUCAAGAUUCUCUCGAGGAGAAGACUGUAACGGUAUGUUACGGCUCUGACUUUGUCAACGUGACGUUUAUCAAUUUUUGCACAACACGAGCUGAAAUCGCACGACAUUGGACGGAUCAGCUGUUGAAAGUUGCUUACAACUUGACGCAACUUAACACGAGCUCAAUAAUGUUCUUACAAAAAGCGCACACUAAGCUUUCCUUAACAGCCGACAAGUCUGGAAAGGUUGCAAUUAAAAAUGUGAUAAGAAUGUUCGCGCAAAAUAAAGAAGACCGCAAACGUGUUGAAAAAGCACUUGAUAUUUCCGGCAUGCCUUCUGGCAAGAAUGAUGCAAUAUCUUUGCAGAAAUUUCAGUUUGAAGACUUCUUCAAUUUUUAUAAAUCUCUCACUCAGCGUACCGAGGUAGAAAAGGUGUUUGAUGAAAUAGUGGGCAAUGCGAAGCGCAGACUAAUGUCAGCUGCACAGCUUGUAGAAUUUCUGAACAAAACUCAGAGGGAUCCACGAUUGAAUGAGAUUUUAUAUCCGUAUGCAAAUACGGCGCGGGCAAAGGACAUUAUCAACGAAUAUGAACCGAACAAGUACAACGCGGGAAGAGGAUACCUCAGUUUUGACGGUUUCCUCAGGUACUUAAUGAGCGAGGAUAAUCCCAUUAUGGCUGUAUCAAAAUUUGAUCUUUCCGACGACAUGGAUCAGCCGCUAUCUCACUACUUCAUCAAUUCAAGUCACAACACUUACCUCACAGGACACCAAAUAACUGGCAAAAGUUCAGUUGAAAUAUAUCGGCAAUGUUUGUUGGCUGGAUGUCGUUGCGUGGAGUUGGAUUUUUGGAACGGCAGAUUUGAUGAACCCAUGAUUGUUCACGGAUACACAUUUGUGCCUGAAAUAUAUGCACGGGACGUGAUAGAGGCGAUAGCUGAGAGUGCCUUCAAGACUUCAGAAUAUCCAGUCGUCCUCAGUUUUGAAAACCAUUGCAAUCCAAGACAGCAAGCAAAAAUAGCACAGUAUUGCAGAGAGUAUUUUGGUGAGAUGCUGCUUGACGCUCCUCUUGAAUCUCACAAGUUAGAACCUGGACAAGAACUUCCACCGCCAUCAUCGUUGAAGCGAAAAAUAAUAAUAAAGAAUAAAAAGAAGCAUCAUCAUCACCAUCAUCACAAGAAACAUCACAAGAAGCAACAAGCACAGUCUCAGGAUUCCGGCGAGGGUUCACAGGAAGCCGAUGACAAUGGACUGGUGAACAUCGGAGCUGAGGGUGAGAGUGGACCACCGCCUGAUAUAAUACCGCAAAAUGAAGUCGUAGAUGGAGUUGUCAUCGGAGCUGCUCCAACCGAGCAGCAAAUUGGAAAUGGAGACAUUCCUCGCGCUCCUUUGCUACAGCAGAGGCAGGGAAGCAAGGACAGUACGCAGGAUGACGAUGACGAAGACGAAGAGUCCACCACUGACGAAGAAGAGUCGAAUGUUGAAGAUAUGAAACUGAGAAUCGGUGACAAAAUCCCUGUACCUGACAAGGUAGCGACAGCUGCUACUGCAAAGGAAACAGAGGCGGGUGCUGAAAUAUCGGCUCUUGUCAACUACGUGCAACCCGUGCAUUUUAGCAGUUUUGAAAAUGCUGAGAAGAAAAAUCGCAUGUACGAAAUGUCUUCGUUUGACGAGAAACAAGCAACGACGCUGUUGAAGGAGAGGCCAUUGGAGUUUGUAAAUUACAACAAACACCAGCUUUCCAGGGUUUAUCCCGCAGGGACCAGAUUCGAUUCCAGCAAUUUUAUGCCUCAAGUGUUUUGGAAUGCCGGCUGCCAGCUGGUCGCACUGAAUUAUCAGACUCUAGAUCUUGCCAUGCAACUCAACUUGGGGAUUUUCGAGUACAACCAUCGUUGCGGAUACCUUCUUAAACCAGAAUUUAUGAGGCGAAAGGAUCGGCGAUUGGAUCCCUUUGCUGAGUCAACUGUCGACGGUAUAAUAGCCGGAACUGUACACAUACACGUGAUUUCGGCACAAUUUUUAACAGACAAGAGAGUCGGCACUUACGUUGAAGUCGAUAUGUACGGGCUGCCAGCAGACACCGUGAGAAAGAAGUUUAGGACUAAAAUCGUCCCGAAUAACGGAAUAAACCCGGUUUACGAUGACCCGCCAUUCAUUUUCAAAAAGGUUGUUUUGCCAGAACUCGCAUCUCUGCGAAUAGCUGCUUACGAGGACUCAGGUCGACUGAUCGGACAUAGAGUUCUUCCAGUCGUUGGCUUGUGUCCCGGGUAUAGACAUGUCGCUUUGAGAACCGAAUGCGGCCAACCACUGCCUUUGGCUAGCCUGUUUCUGCACGUAAUCGUCAAGGAUUACGUACCCGACGGACUUUGCGACUUUGCCGAAGCGUUAGCCAACCCGAUUAAAUACCAAAGUGAAUUAGAGAAAAGGACUAAUCAGCUGUCUGUCUUCACAGAUGACGUCGAUGAACUCACGGAAGGGGAUUUAGAAGAUAAGGAUAAGUUUGGCACAGGGGCAAGUUCCUCAAAAUCAACAGAUGAGUUGUCAAAGGCAAAACGCUUGCAGUCAAUCAGCGAAUCAACUGGAUCGUUGCCGUUGUCUGGCAGUCCGCAUGGCAGGCCGUCCAUAGUGGGGAUCCUCAAUUCUCCCGAAAACCAAGAACAAGACGAGAGCCCAAAUGCUUCUACAUUACAACCAGCGGAAAGUUCUGCGACGAAAAGUCCUGUGAAUACAAGUACUGUGAAUGAUGAGAUAGUGGCCGACUCGUUUGAAAAGUUAAUGGAGAACAAACUGAUUAAGGAUAAAAAAAUGGAGUUGGAUAAAAAGUUGGAGUCGUUGAGGAAAAAACACGAGAAGGAAAAGAUGAGAAUACAGUCGCAGAAAGGAUCACUGGACGGUGAAAAGCACAGAUCUAAAUUUUAUGUGAGCCAGAUGCUGGUAAAGCGACUUUCGAGUAAAAACAUAUUCUCAAGCGAAGUUGGACUUAGCACUCAACUGCUGGCCGAAACCUCUGAAUGUUCCGAGGCAGAGCAACGCGACGGAGUGGAAGGAAUUCCGCGAGGAUUGCCUAGAAGUCAGAGCGAGAGACUGUUAGCAGUGUGCAAAGAGCAUGUGCUGCAGGAGCGGGAACUUCAAGAGAAAUAUCACGACAGUUUGUUUGCAACGCUUGAAAAAAUAAUGAAAGUUUCACAGUCAAAUCAGUUGAAAUUGUUAAAAGAAAAUCGUCAGAGAGAGAGAGAAGAGGCAUUGAAAAAACUCCAGGCUACUAGGCAGGAUCAGGUCAAACAACUCGCCAAGCUUCACAGAGAUAAGGGUGAGUUGGACAGAGUUAAGCGUGAGCUGGCUAAGUCUACGGUUGAGAGAGGUGUCAACGAGUGUACUAAACUGAAAGAAAUUUAUGAGAAGAAACGAGUUGAACUUGAAAGACAGCAUGAAGAGGUCAGACAGAGGCUAGAAGAAGAAAAAGCGAAGGUAAAAGCAGCUCUGCAGGCGGAGUAUAACAAUCGUUACAGCAAGUUUGAAAUUGCCGAAUUUACGUUGUCUCCAUCCGGCGGUAGCAGCAUCCCAGAGUCUUUGAGUGGAAACACUAACUAAUACCUCAAGUUGGGUCUGCGAGAAUAAUACGUAGGCCUUGAAACUUACUUGCUGUGUUUAGACUGUCCAUCAGACACUAUCCGACUCUGGUGUUUUCUGUGUUUUCGGGGACCUCGAUAGGCGCGCUGUCCAAAAUGUAAGUCUUCGUGUUUCAAUUAAUUACUUUUAAGAUGGGAAAAAAAAAAAAACGCUUACUGCAUCGAGUUGUGGUAAAACCGAAGAGCUAAUUAAUAGAUAUUGUUUAGUUUUCUUGAGAGAUGUUGAGACAAACGAAAGAAGUGGACAACUCCUGUGUUAAUCGAGAGGCUCUCCUUUUCAAAUCGCAACUAGGUACCUUACAGAAUCUCUAUAUUUAUCUCUUUCUCUUUACCGCCAUUUUCCACACUUAUUAGUAUAUUUUUAUUGUUCUACGCACAGCUAUGCCGAUAAUUUCGAAGAAGCAUGAUAUUUUAUGUAUAUGUACAUACCAUGCAUUAUUAUAGUAUGCUAUCUUUAAUUGACACUGAUUUGAUUGAUCGAAGUCUGCGAAUUGUUUUCAAACAAAGCGAGCUUCGCCACAGCGAUGUUUUCUGACAGAAGGAAACUUUAAUUUGGUCAAGCAAAAAAAUGGGUUGGUAAUUCACACGUAAUAACUAUCCUCUUCAACUAUCGAGUGUGACCCAGGAGCUCAGCAAACAGACUAUUGAGAAGUAAAGAUAUGAAAUCUAAUUCUAAAUAACUGUAACCUUUUUCAAAAUAUCGAUUCACUUUGUUGUUAUAUGAAUAAGAUGUUACUCAGAAAACAAUUCUAACCAUAUUAUACUUAUAGGGAGAAAAACAAGAAAGAUGUAAAUGAAAACAACAACAAAAAACAAGAACAAAACAAAAGUUAAAAAAAAAAAAAAAAAAAAAUGCAAAAUAGAAAUAUCAAUUCAUUUAUAAUUUAUAAAAUCAAAUCUUGUAAGAUCUGAGAUGUAUAAAUAUUUAUGUGAAUCUCUUUGGCCUAUAAGAAGCGUAAGGCAUGUGCGAUUAUAAUAUAACACAUUUAACAUAUUUUUGACUGAAAGUAAUCAACGUAAAAACAUUUCUCAAGAACCUGCUUCAGAAGCGCUGGGACCGAUUGGUGAAAACGUAAUGGAGUUUCAAUACACUUGUACAUCUUGGCUGUUUGCCGAACAGUAUCGCAAAGUUGCUAUGAUCGUAAAUCAGGUAUCUAAUUUUUGUAUUUCACGAUUUAUUCGAAGACAAAGCCAAUGCAUUCCUGCUUGUUUAGUAAAUAUUGUUUUUUUUUGUGUGUACAUUGUUGGAGAAAAACGUACGACAUUGAAAAUUUGGAAGUAUGUGUAAUUCCACUUUCAAGCUAGAGCCUAUUUUUUAAUUCAUUUCUUAAUCUGACUUGCGCAGUCAAUGCAGUCAGUACAACAUGCAAUUAAACUGGGCCUGCAUUGGCUGUUUCAAUGAAAUGAAUAACGUUGUGUAAAAUAUAAGUUAGAUUAAAGUAUAAUAUUAAUAUAUUUUAUAUAUCCUAUUGAAAGCAGGAAAAAAAAAAGAAAUCUCAAGGCAACUUUUCAUUUACUUAUCGAUGUUGAAUAUUAGGCGACGAAGUUGACCACCGGCUGUUCCCAGCACUUCUGACGUUCGCCAGGAUCUGUGUGAGAUUCAUCAAAGAAUGAACUUUGGUCGAAUCACCUCUUUGAGGAAGACAAUCAAAAAUGUUACAGAGUAAACUAAACUGUAACAUUUUCCUUGUUGUUUCUAUUCAUAUGAUAUACUUAAAAUAAGCUAAUCUUAUUAACUCUAAGGUAAAAAUUUAAGGUGUGUAAACUUUCUUGUAAAGUGUGUUAUUUAUUUGUGUCUAAAUUAUCAUAUUGUUCCGAAUAUAAGCCAAGGUUUUUUGCCGUUGACAGCACGCACCAAAAUCGUCCUCGUCUUGUACGCGGGUAACUAAGGAAAACACCCUGAAAUACUGUCUCAGAAUUGGGGAUCGGCUUGUUCGCGGAACAAUGUGGUAUUAUUGCUGACAUUAGUAUCGGACGUACGGUCAUCAUUAUAGGGCAUGUUCACUGAUUAUUGUGGCAGCAUAGUUUUUACGGCAGUGGGAUUCGAGGACUGAAUAUUAUUUGGCGUUAAGAUAUCAAAGUUGGUUAAACGAUGUCUUGUUGCAUCGAAUCAACGAAUUUGUUUUACGUUGCGUCUCUGCCCGAAAUCCGACUGUCGAUAGAUAAUGUAAAGGGGACAUGUUGUGAUAUUAAAGGAUCUCAAAGCAAUCGUAGCAGUGCAAACAAGUCGUUACGAACAAAACAUCAAAAUGAGCUGGUUGAGUAAAAAUAUGCGAUUAAACUUCACACUGCUCACAACCGAGUAAAGCUAUUUGUUAAAAUGCAAUAAGUCGCAGAAUACACGGUUGAAGGAUACAAUUUUGGCUAAUAAGUAUUUGAGGGUGAGAAAGAAUCUCAUUAUUAUAUUGAUCCGGACGUAUUGUUCCAUAGUUGUAAUAUUAUUCCAAGUCGCACGUUUGGUUUUAAUAUCUACCACCUGACGCCUGCUUAUCUCAAGUACCGUACAAGUCUAUUUUUUAUACGAAGAGAAAAGACAUGAUAUUUUAUACACAAUAUAAGUCGCAGGAAUUGUCUUUCCUUCGGAAUUAAUUUACGCGUUUUUUCCGUUCUUUGAAAAUCCAGCUAAUUUCUCUGCUCCUCAUUGUUCAGAAUAAGUCCGUUACAAUAUUGCUGCAAUUUUGACAUAUUCUCAAUAUAAUGGCUUGAGAAAGUAGGUGUACCGACAGCAGUUCACAAGCUUGAGACAACAAUGCUUAAAUAAUGUAACGUUUGUCGAAACAUUCAGGAAAUGUUUGGCAAUCGAGGGGAAACGAGCGCAGUCGAUAGACAGAAAAGAAGAGAAAAAAAACGGAUAUCACAAUAACGAUGCUUGGAUAUUAAAAGAUACAAAUACAACGUGUUGAAAAAACAAAAAUGUAAUCUAGAAUUACACACAUGCAUGCAUGUACAUACGCGCGUACAUAUGGUAUGUAUAUACCAGUAAAAGUUGAGGAGAGUUGCAUUUUAUAGAUAGUCACUAUUAUACCGUGAGAAAUAAUGCGUGUUUUCCAAAUAGUAUAUAGGAGAAGUAAAAUAAUGCAACAGACAUAUUGUAAAUGCGGAUAGUAACGUCCAAGAAAAGUUACCAUUUCUUAACAAAGACUCGAGCCGAUCGUCUACCUAUCCUACCUACUGCCUCGAUCCUAGUUUUUCUAGUAGCGAUAUGGAUUUUCUGCUGGAAUUGAACGUGUAUAGUCGAUGCGAGCGAACCUCGUUGUAAGGAAAUGGCUUCAAUUUUUGGACAGUUAGACCCAAAUAUAUUGCCUAGUAAUACAGGAAAGUGAAACCGAAUACUUUUGAUCUAGUUCUGGUAGUAACGAUGUAACAGUACCACAACUAAACGACCUUUGCCGUUUCUGAUGUGACGAUAGAUAGUUUUUCUCAGUUCGAUGCUUUUAUCCGACAAAUAGUAUUCAUGCUGUAGAGCGUACCAGCUUCCUGUAUCAUUACACUAUAUUUGGAAGAAGUUAAUGAUUAGCGUAACGCCUCUUCCAAAUAGGAUUUUCCCUUAGGGUUGUAUUGUAACUAGUUAGUGAAUUGAUACCUUUAGCAAAUUGUAAGAUUAAUGUUUAUAGGAACGGUAUUAAUGUAGAUAUACAUAAGCAUACAUAUAUGUAUACCAACAGUUUUGCAGUAGCUUAGAAAUAGUUAUAGCACAAUGUUGUACGUGGCAUAAGUGUGUAUUUAAAAAUGCACUGGAAAUUUCGUUAGUUUGUAUACCUCUGUGCAUCGCUGUUAACUUUGGUACAAAGAAAUGCAAACGAUCAAAUUUUUAUAACUUCUCUCUUUCUCGUUUCGCAAGUUUUUUAACGCAUAUACAAAGCAUUUGGUAAAAAAUUUGGAAACGCGUUAAAAAUUCUUACGAAGAAAAUUUGUCUCUAAUCGAUAUACUCAUGCAUUUUAUGUCUGGUCUCAUUUGAUGAACAACCUAGUAUUUGAAUAGUUAUAAUUAUGUGUGUAGUAGAUAUUCAGCUUGCUGUUAUCAUUUCACUUUUAGAGUCUCGACGCAAAAGAAGAAAGUUAUUUUUUAUGACAAAUUAUCAAGUAGUUAUCAAUUUUUACAAAUAAUUUCUUUACUGUUUCAUACGAGUAAUCAUUUUAAAGGUUUUAAUUUUGCUGCUAGCGAUUUUGAAAUUUAUCAUCACUGAUUUUGGCAGAGUCCUAGUCACAAUUUACUACUGUACCAGUUAUCAAUAAAAGAGAAUCGAUAUUUUAGUUAGUAGGGGAACGAGUUGCGUGCUAAUAGUUUAGUUUAUAGAGCUGGGCAUCGUGAUUUUUCUACUAAACGGUACAAAUUCUUAAUAUUAUUUAAUACAAUUCCUUUACGUCGGAGAGAGCGUUCCAAGAUCUUCCAUUACAAUACCGUAUAGAAUAAUAAUUAUAUUUCAAUUUCAAUCGCGCUGCAAUCUGCAACUUUUAUACUUGCCUGUAUUUCCUUAUCAAGAAUCUACUUAUGUAUUACAAUUCUGAAGCAACGGCAAUCGAACCAUUUUACUGUUAAGCGAUCGGUUCUUUGUUGUAUCCGUAUAUAUAUAUAUGUUUUUUUUUCUUCAAGUUUUGUCGCACAGCGUUCCACAAGUUACCGUUUAAUUUAGGUUUAGAAUAAAACUUGCCACUCGAUAGUACAACGUACAAUUUUACCUGGAUAACAGUGAUGCGUAUGAUUUGACGUAGACCUCGGAUUAGCCGAAUACUGGGUGUGGAGUAAGAGGCUAACUGUAGGAGAAGAUGAAACCUCGAAGCGCAUGCAUUUUGUCACUCCGUCUAUGCGUGCAAACUUCCGGAUCAGAAUUUCGUAUCCCAGUAAUUACGUCGUCUGUAUAUAUUAGCUUGACCUCCCAUCCUCCUUCAUCCUACCACAAAUAUUUAUAUACAAAAUAACGAUAAAUAUAUUAUAUCCAUGUUGAAAUAUUAAUUAUGUGUUGUUGCUGUUGAUGUUGUUAUUAUAAUAUAAUGGUCAUCAUUGUUCAUAGAGAUGAUAAUUGAUAAGGUAGCGUUACAUAAAUACAUAAAUACAUACAUACAUACAUGAAUACAUACAUGCGUGCAUACAUACUAUGUGCAUUACCUUAGAUAUAUAUGUACAAUUCGGUAAAUUAAAGUAACGCAUUAUCCCGUGUAUCACAUUUUAAUAUUUUGAAAAUCUGUCGAGCUUGGCAUGUGAAUUUUUAAGAUUUAAAUUUAUCCCGUGCAACUUAUUACGGAAAUGGAAAUAAUCUUUGUUUGGCUAGGCUAUUUUUUUAAUACACAUUAUUAUUUAUUUAUUUAUUUUACUUUUAUUACCAUAUUUUCUCACACGCAUUAACGCUUAAAAUUAGUCAGUCUUCCUAAAAACUAACAACUAAGUCCUGUUACUCGAACUUUGAAACUCAAAUUGUUUUCGCAUGUUUACUUCUAGUUAGUAGAAUUUUAAAUCUCUACAGUUAUAUCCUCCGAAAUAGUUGAAUUUCUUUGGUACUUUAAUCUAGGGAAUUUAUUAAACUGCUUCACUCUCCUCAAAUCUUCUUUCGCAAUUAACUGAUGUAAAUCUAAGAACGAAUGAUCAGGAUUUUUCAUCGUUUUAUUUAAGUUAUUUAUACACACACACAGACACACGAUUUUCUUUUGUACAAGAUAUGUAGAGUGAAAAUUAUUGCGCACACACACGCACGACAUACAUAAACAAAUAUAUAUAUAUAUUUAUUAGUUGAUACGACAUUGUGGAGAUACAGGGUAUUCAGAAAAAUUAAAAUGCAAGAUUGACAUAUGCAACUAUCAUCAUGUAUAGCUGACAAUUGAAUUAGAACACUACGAGGUUUUACUUGUUUUAUAGAAAGGAUUGUCGUUAAUUUAAAUUAAUUUCACCUGCUGUCGAACGUUUCACACGUCCGUCGUUCGUACCCAUUUUCACGAUUAAAUAUCGAUGUACACGUACACCGGUAGCAGAUUUGUUUUUUCUGGACACUCUGUAGUGUAUAUACAUACAUAGUAUAACGACGGUAUUAAUCGUUUAUAAUCGAAACGGGGUGUGUGCAUAGAAUAGCGUAGGACAGCGAUGUAGUUAAAUAAUUGCUAAGGAGGCAAGUGGAUGAAAAUACAAAAAAGGGAGAAACAAAAAAAAAAAAAAAAAAUAAGUAAAUAAACAAAACAAAUAAACAAAUAAAUCAUUAAAAAGCGUAUAAAAACCUAAAGAAAACUUAAUAAUUUUAACGAUGAUAAUGAUAAUGAUAAUGAUAAUGAUAAUGAUAAUGAUAACAAUAAAAAUUAAAUAAAAAAUAAUAUUCGGGAGGAAAGGGAGAAAGUGUAGUUAACGGCCUACAGAUAAAUCGUAGCUCCCUGGCCCUCGUGACAUUUUAACAAAGAUUCAAAAUUCUUCGACAAUGUUACUUACUAUAUAAAGUUAUUAUAAUUAUAUUAUAUUAUAUUAUAUUAUAUUAUAUUAUAUUAUAUUAUUAUUAGGGCUAUGCUUAGCUUUGUUAUACCUUCUAUAUUGAUAGGUUUUCCUACAACGAUUCUCUGUACCUGAAUUAUUCUCUCUCUUUCUCUCAUCUUGAAAUUCCGUCGUAUUUUUCAACAUCGAUUAAUAACGAUUGCUUUCACUUUUGGCAAGUGUACCAAUUUUUUAUUUUAUUUAUUUAUUUUUUUUUUUUUACUCUUGUUUGUUGUCCUCUAUACCCUGAAAAUUAGGCUCAGUUGGUAAUAUAUUUAUACGAUAAAGUAUAAUUUCGCUCAAUAUAAAACGGUAAAUGGAUAGAUUUAAACCUGAGUUACGGUUUUCGAAUCGUAUAAAUCUCGUUGUUAUUAUAAUUGUUUCACCGCUAACGUUUAACUCAGAAUACGAAACCAAAGUUACUAUUGCAAAUAAUAUGUAUAUAUAUAUAUAUAUAUAUAAUUACGUAUAUAUAUAUAUGUAUAUGUAUAUGCUUCUGUAUACACUUAAUCGAUAGUAACAGAACAAUGAAUAUUAUCUGAACUUUGUUUUGAAUAAAUGUCGUGGGUCAGGAAUCAUGUGUUAAAGUAAACUAAAAGCAAAAAAAAGAAGAAAAAAAAAGAUAUAAAUAAUAAUAAAAUGAAAAAAAAGAAAAAAAACGAAUAGAAAUAUAUUAUCAUUACGUAUAAUUGUAUAAAUACAGCGAAAAGGCUUAUCGGAUAUGUGCAAUCUCGAAAAUCAUCCUUAUUAAAUUUCUUGAUGACUAUUUUCUACUGAAAUUUAUUCAGUAAUUUAGACUAUAUCAUUAUCGUUUUUAUUACUAAGUGUACUAACUUAUCUUUCUUUUUAUAAAAAAUGUUUAGCAUACGUUACUUGUGACCGCAUUCUGCACGUAUGCCCAUAUUUGCCUUCACAAAUAGUUGCCAGUGACACAUUAUUAACUACGGUCAUUAUUGCCAUUCGUCGCAUAAUCAAAGCUUUUGUCUUCCAGACUAUAUUAAUAUUAAUUUCACAGUUUAUUUACGAUUAUAUAAUUUCAUGCAACCAUAAUUUUAUUAUAAAUCGUCUAUUUUGUAUAUUUUCUUCUCUCUCUCUCUCUCUCCCUCUCUCUCUCUCUCUCUCUCUCUCUCUCGUCUGUACGUGUCUAGUUCUCACUUUUUCCCUAUUAAAAGAUCUGAGAAAUAUUCGCGAGUGAUAAAUUAUGUAUGGAAGGAAAAAAACAAAAAAAAAAAAAAAAAACAUCUCUCUCUGCAUAUUAAUGUCAGACGCGAACUAUGAGAUAUUUAUUUUGCAGUUGAAAAGAAAAAAAAAAAAAGUAAUGAACUAAAAAUAACGGGGCGAUUCCUUGAAGCUUUUAUUGUAAAUCUGUUAUAUCGAAUUAUUAAAUUAUCUAAUACUCAGCUAUUAAUAACAUUUAUACGCCACUUGAAAUUUACCUUCACACAUUUUAUUCUACCUUUUAACGUUGAUAAUAAUAUUUAUAUUGAUAUUAAUAUUAAUAAUAUCGAUAAAAAUAACGAUAAUAACAACCAUAAUGAUAAUAAUGAUAACAAUAAUAAUAAUAAUAAAAUUAAUAAUAACAAUGAUAAUGAUAACGAUAGCGUUCAGUUGAAAUGAAAUUUCAAUUAUUCUAAAUUACGGCUUUUCCAAAAUAGUGAUUCGAUCUUUUUUUUAAUGCGUACAACACUCCGUAUACCUACCUCCGUGUUUCUAGAAUUUUUCGAAAAGAAAUUAAUGAAUAUUUUUUCGAUAAAUCUUCUUCAUUGCCACUUCUACUUUUAUACACCCCUAUAUCUUAUAUGCAAUACAAAUUUGAUCGCGUCCGUCUGUCCUGUAUACAAAAUUUAUGACCUUUCUUUAUUUUACGCAUGCUCGUUGCGACAAUAAGUUGAUCAUUCAUUAUUCUCCCGAUGGGAAUACAUAAGAUCACAAAUAAUUUCACAUCUAUUAUUUUGCGAUUUUCGAACGAAAUAUAUUUAUAUAUUAUAUACACAUAUAUAUAUAUAUAUAUGUAUGAUUCUCUGCAUGGUUGUAUUUUUAAUGCUUGUAUAAAUGCGUUACACAUAUAUUACCGUUGUUUUCCAUUGACCAUUACUUAUUACGCAUAACUUUUACAUAUAAUGUAUAAUUACCUAUAUAACCUACAUCGAUAUAUAUAUGCCAUGAAAUAUUAUAUUUUACACUGAAAGUAUUUAAAUCUUAACGUAAUAGAAAUUAUAUUAUACGUACAUUGUACAUUUACGAUACAAUAUACACAUGUAUAACAACUACUUUACAUUCUAUUUUCUAUAGAGGCACUGACGACAUUAGCUAGAGCUUUUUUUGUCUUUUUACAUUAAAAUUGCGAUUUGUUAUUUUCAUUCUUUUUUUGUUAAUAAUUAUUAUUAUACGAAUGAAUAUGAAAUGAGUGUCACUUGAGGAAAUCGUUCAUAUAUAAUCGUAGUGACAGUAUUACAAAGGCAUUUAUACUUGUUUAAUGCUUCACCUCUGUACGUUUAUACUUCGUCAGUAAAAAAUAAAUUCUGUAGUCA